AUGGAGAUUGACCCACGUGGUGAUAUCAAACUUUGUGUCGGCGAAACAGACCCUGUCACAUUCACAGUCUGUUCAAGGGCAUUGGCGAGAACCUCGCCAGUCUUCGAGCGCAUGCUCUACGGAAACUUCAUAGAGGCGAAGAGGCCUGAUGAUGGGGAGUGGACUGUGAACCUCCCCGAAGACAAGGCAACGGCGAUGUCCCUCUUUCUACGCAUAUCACACGGACAAUUCGAUCACAUCCCGAGAACAAUAUCGAUUGACGACCUUUACGACCUCACAGUAUUGUCAAACUAUUACGAUGCCACACGGAUGUUGGAACCCUGGGUAGGAAGAUGGAUGUCUUCUAUGGAGGAUAGCGAAAAGAGAACAAAGGAAUCUAUGGCUAAAUGCCUUGGAAUAGCAUGGGAGUUUGGCUUCCAUGAUUCUUUUGCAGGGACGACAAGAAGGAUGCUUAUGGAGAGCGACGGAUCUGAGGACCCAGACCUUGAAAUGGUCCCCGAUAUUGUCGAACGAGUAUCCGCAAUCCGCAUCAAUACCAUACAGGCUCUCCUCGACGUCAUCAACAGACUUGUACAGGACUUGUGUGUCGUUGAUGAGAAGCCGCGUUGGUGCCGACACGCUGAAUGGAUGGGUCCGCAUCGCUGUGAAUCUAUGAUUCUAGGCUCAUUAACGUUUUGCCUUCUUCGAGCGGGCUUGUGGCCUUUGCCCAAGGCAGAAAAUGUAAUGGAUAGCAUUGUUGGACUGCGACGCAAGAUGACAGGAUUGGUAAUCCAUGAUAUUGGAAGGUCUGAGGGUGUAGACCACACGCCUUGCAACCCCGGGCAGUUUUUACUGAACGAGAUCGAGAGGGUCUUGGUUGAGAUUUGCAAUCCCGUGACGAAGGGUCACCUAGAAACAAUGGAUAAGCAAAGGAAGAGAUUAACAGAUGUAAAAUAA